GUGAGGCGCACAUUAUUCAGCAGGAGCGAAGGAAGCGCGCGCCUCCUCUCCAUCACAUUUCACUUUCCAAACACUGACGAGAGAACAAAGGAGUCACCAUGUAGAAUCCGCCAGGUAACACUCACAGUAUCUCGGAUCGAGCCGUUUUAUUUUUUUCUCUGAGGAUUCCCAGCUCCGAUUGUGCCGCUUUGGAAGGCUGUCGAUCCAUCUAUCCUGGAGGAGACGCGCUGCUCGCUGGAUGGAUGCGGGCUCCCGUCCUCUGUCGCUCUGACUCCUACAGACUCUGUGUUCAUUAAAAAAAAACCUUGAUGAUCUGGCUUUGACGGGAAAGUUCAUCGCUGAUUUGAUGCAAGUUCCUUCUAAGAGCAGUGACGUCUAAAGGAAGCCUUAGACCAACCUUCUGCUUUGUAAUGGCAACAGGAGUAGCAGCAUGGCUUCCUUUUGCUAGGGCUGCGGCCAUCGGGUGGAUGCCUGUGGCUAGCUGCCCCAUGCCCAUUGCUCCGACAGACAAUAGCAAAAAACAAGAUGAGCUGAUCGUCCUUAAUGUCAGCGGCCGCCGUUUUCAAACAUGGAGAACAACUUUGGAUCGAUACCCUGACACGCUUUUGGGCAGCUCAGAGAAGGACUUCUUCUACAAUGAGGAAACCAAGGAGUACUUCUUUGACCGAGACCCUGAUGCCUUUAGAAGCAUCCUCAACUUCUACCGAACAGGAAAGCUCCACUAUCCCCGUCAUGAGUGUAUAUCAGCCUACGAUGAGGAGCUGACAUUCUUCGGCAUUAUACCUGAGAUCAUAGGUGACUGCUGCUAUGAAGAGUACAAGGACAGAAAAAGGGAGAACUUGGAGCGGCUGCAGGAUGACCAGGAGGAAAACAAAGACUUGAAGCUGCCCAAUUUGAACUUCAGAGAGACCAUGUGGCGCGCCUUUGAGAAUCCCCAUACCUCUACCCUGGCCCUGGUCUUCUACUAUGUCACCGGCUUCUUCAUUGCCAUCUCAGUCAUCACCAACGUGGUGGAGACGGUGCCCUGUGGUUCUACAACCAACCAAAAAGACAUGCCAUGUGGCGAACGCUACACUGUGGCAUUUUUCUGCAUAGACACUGCCUGUGUCAUGAUAUUCACUGUGGAGUACCUGCUACGCCUGUUUGCUGCACCCAGCCGUUACCGUUUCAUGCGCUCUGUGAUGAGUAUCAUUGAUGUGGUGGCCAUUUUGCCAUACUACAUUGGGCUUGUGAUGACAAACAAUGAGGACGUGAGUGGUGCCUUUGUGACGCUGCGUGUGUUCCGAGUGUUCCGCAUCUUCAAGUUCUCCCGCCACUCCCAGGGCCUUCGGAUCCUUGGCUAUACGUUGAAGAGCUGUGCCUCAGAGCUAGGCUUUCUCCUUUUCUCUCUCACCAUGGCCAUCAUCAUCUUUGCCACCGUCAUGUUUUAUGCCGAGAAGGGCUCCAGCUCCACCAAGUUUACCAGCAUCCCAGCUUCAUUUUGGUAUACCAUUGUCACCAUGACUACCUUAGGAUAUGGUGACAUGGUACCAAAAACCAUUGCUGGGAAGAUUUUUGGUUCCAUCUGUUCUCUGAGCGGCGUGCUGGUGAUUGCUUUGCCUGUCCCCGUCAUCGUGUCAAACUUCAGCCGCAUCUACCACCAGAACCAGAGGGCAGACAAACGUCGAGCCCAGAAGAAAACCAGGCUGGCCAGGAUAAGAAUAGCGAAGUCUGGCAGCGCCAACGCCUUCCUCCAGAGCAAACAUAACGGACUCCUCAAUGAACUGCUGGAACUGACAGGUUCAGAAGUGGAUGAGCAGAAGCUGAUAAAGUCCACCUCUCUGUUAGAGAGCCAACACCACCACCUGCUGCACUGUUUGGAGAAAACCACAGCUCAUGAGUUUGUGGACGAGCAGGUAUACGAGCAGAACUGUAUGAAAGCAGCAUUGCAGACCUAUCCAUCACAGAGUCCCUCAAUAGCCAGCCACGACAGUCCUGCAGUGACCUGCUGCGGCACGAGAGGGAAGAAAAAUAGUCCUCUGCCAAACACCAGCCUCCCCCCCACAAACCCGGUCCCAUCACAACGAGGCCCGCCGCAGGAGCUCAGCGCCCUUCACAUACAGGGCGGUGACCCACUGGCACAGACAAGCAGUCGUUCAAACCUCAACUUGAGAACUAAUGAGAGCAACAGGAUCAACUGUAAAAGUGGCCGAAUCACCACAGCCAUCAUCAGCCUCCCUACGCCCCCCGCUUUAACCCCUGAUGCCGAUGGCCUCCACGGGCCGCCGCAAAGAAGGCCGCCCCCUCCUCUGGGUCACCCAGCAGCUCCAAGCAUUCAGACCACAACAAGCUCAGCUGGUACCAACAUUGUCAAAGUCUCAGCUUUGUGAUUCCCAGCCGGGCUGCUUUAACUUUACUCAGCAGGAGGCAGAGAAGGGACCGAGGGGGUAAAGCAACAGUUAUUCUUGCUGAAUGCACUGCGUCCCCUGCUCACAGUGUCGGCAAUCACAGAGCAAAACUUCAGAAUUAUGGAGACAUCACUCGUGAACUUUAGAGAUUUGAACUGAGAAUGUCACACUUGUCAUUUUGUGUAAUUACUGUAGAUAUGAAGAGACUUGCUGCAUUUCUUAUAGUUUCUAAAAGCAGACGUCUUGCAGGUAAAAAGAAGAAAAAAAAAGUGCAGUAAGAGUCACGACAAAGGCUGACAAUACGUCACAAACAGUAAGGUUAAAAUGAACUUAUUACAAUAUUUGUUGGCUUUGAAUAUUAAAGACAGAUAAAGAUGUUUAAAGUGUUUACUGUAAUUUUAUUGCUCUCGUUUGUGCUUUGUCUCGUUGUGUUGAAGUACUUUUUGGCUCAAAGAUAUAUUUUACACCGCCUGUAUUCUUUUAACACAUUUUUCCCAAAACUGUUGACUAUUAAAACAGUGAUUUUGUGUUGGUAAAAGCUUGAAUCUAACCAUGUUAAUCAUCCAAGUUUAAAGGUCUUACUAAACUCUAAAUACUUUAUAUUAAAUGAAGCAAAGAAGUGAGCUUUAGAUUUACAGACAUGUCUGCUACAGUAAACAGUACUGAGGAAGUGUUUGCUCCUUAGAUUUCUUCUACUUUUGCUAUUUCAGACACUUUUAUCAAAGAUAAAAGUUAAUAUGAAAAGUAAUUGCCUUCUAAAUCUAAUUACUUUUUGUCCCAGCUUUUGCAGCAACAGCUGUCAUCAAAAAAUGAGUCCCUCACAUUGCUGGGAGAAACUAUGGUCUGUGAUAUUGCAUUUUAGUCAGACUAGUAUUCAACGAUGUAGGAUUCAAGUGGAAGCCAACAGUUACCUUCACUUUAGCUGUUGUUCUGGGCUCUUUUGUGACCAGUUGCAUUGUACUCUCUAAAUAAUGUUUUGGAAAUCUGGGUAUGAUUUUUGUUUCCUAAGAUCGUUUCUCCUACUUCAUGUUGUCCAAUAGGUUCUAUCAACAUGAUCUUUUGCUUCCACAGGUCUGGCAGUAAUCAGGCAUAGGUGUGUAGCUUGUAAAAACUGAAUUUAGUUUACAAAAAUUGGGUUUAUCACUGUCAAGUAAUAAUUUAAAGAAAGUCAGGAGUUUUUCCUUCAUCACAGGGUCAGGUUAUUUUGGGUCGAUACUUUGAUAAAUGAAUCGUGAUUUUUCAAAAUGCACUCAGGGUAUCUGAGUAGAUGUCAAAAUCUGCGGUUUUAAAGUAUAAAGUAUAAAAAUAAAAUAAGAUUGACAAAGUCCCUAAAGUGGGAAAUGAUUGUUUCUUGACUGUGUAGUUAUUUUUUGUAAUGUUUUAUAAAUUUUUAACAAAAGCAUUGAAGUGAAUAUUGGCUUGAAAUAUUUCAAAGAUUCAAAAAACAAUGUAUGGACUUAUAAUAUAUGUUACUGAUCAUCAGCUCUGAUGCUUGAGGUUUUUUAAGUGAUUGGUUGCAGUUGUUGAUCUUGUUUCUACCUUUGAAUGAUACUUCGUUAGCCGAUAUAUUUCUAAAAUGUAAGGUCAUAUAAUCUGAUAAUAAUUGGGGGGAAAGCUGACCUAAAAGUUUAUGUUAAACUUUUUUAAACCUCUUUUGGUACCUUUAGUGUCCAAUCAGGGUCAAACAAUGUUCCUUUUGAAUUCUGUAUAAUUCUUUACAAUGCAUUAAAACAAGCAAUUCUAUGUCCCAAAUAUGUGAUUACUGCAGGCGAGAAGAAUGAAAAAAAUUAUAAUUUGACUAGCCAAAAGAUUUUUGUUGCUUUUGCAGUGACACAAAUGAUACAAUUUGUGAUUUCAGCAUUUUUACCAUGUUUCUAGAUGAUCUGACAAACAACUAAACAUAUUUCAUUGGUUGUAAGAGUCAUUAUUCAUGGAAGUUUUUACUUCAGCUGCUUCUGCCAUACAUGAUGUCUGCUACUGGUCAAAGUUCUGACUAAUGAUGACCCAUUUUUGUCUAAUGAAUGAUUAAAUUAUAUCAUAUUCCUUCUUGAAAUCCAACUUAUUGUGUUCUGGGGGUUGUGCUUCACCCUCCUGAAAAAAACACCAUGAUGUGCAUUGAUGACAUGAAGCUACAGUCUGAACUUAACCUUUGUCUUUGAAAGAAGAGGCAAAUUUUUC